AGCUCCACGCCCAGCCCACUUGCGAGGGCAUCAAAACCCUACCCCUAGCGGCACCCAUCCUUCCCCACCCCAGCCGCCGCCGCCGCCACCUCGUCGCUUGAAGGCAGGAGCUUGUGAAAGUUCCCUAAGACUGACAAGAUGGUUCUGAAGACUGAACUUUGCCGUUUUAGUGGCCAGAAGAUAUAUCCAGGGAAGGGUAUUAGGUUCAUUCGUUCCGAUUCCCAGGUUUUCCUUUUCGCUAACUCAAAAUGCAAGCGUUAUUUCCACAAUCGCCUGAAGCCUGCAAAGCUUACCUGGACAGCUAUGUACCGGAAGCAGCACAAGAAGGACAUUCAUGCUGAAGCUGUCAGGAAGAGGCGUCGCACCACCAAGAAACCAUACUCACGGUCAAUUGUUGGUGCCACUUUGGAAGUUAUCCAAAAGAAGAGAAGUGAGAAGCCUGAAGUUCGUGAUGCUGCUAGAGAGGCUGCUCUGCGUGAGAUCAAGGAACGCAUCAAGAAAACCAAGGAUGAGAAAAAGGCAAAGAAGGCAGAGGUGGUGAAAUCUCAGAAGUCACAAACGAAGGGGGGUGCUGCACCUAAGGGAGCCAAAGGCCCUAAGAUUGGUGGCGGUGGUGGGAAGCGCUGAAUGUUGUUUGCAUCUUUAGAGAUAUAGUUCUGCCAUCUAGCGUUCUCUCCGAUCCUAUCUUUGUCAAGUUAGUCUGUCGUCUUGAAUUUUCACCUUCCCAAUGAGAUUGGCAUGUCCUGAAUGUUUUGGAUUAUUUCGUGAGUUGAUUUACAUUGGCACUUAUCUGUCUAUUAUUGUUUAGCAAGUUUUCUUUCAUGACCAAUGGAAUGGAUUGCCGACAGGCAACAAUAGCUC